UCCACCACAUCCGGUACAGAUAUCUCGCCACUGUUAGAGCCGAAGGAUGGUCAGGAGUAUCACUUCUCAUGUAAAUGUCAUUUUUAGCCACAUAUAUCUGCUUCUGCUUGAGGAAGAUUUAUCAUAGAACGGUUUAUUCACUCGGAACCGGUUCGGCACCGUAAAGUCAAAGUACUACGUGUUUUCAACAACAGAUCUGAUGCAACAACAUGGCAACGUCACAUGUGAAUCGUUGUAUUGUUAGGACAAUCACGAGAUGUCUCCGGGACAAUACUCGACAACCAAAUUUGAUGACCGUAAGGCCUGUAGGACACUUUUCUAACUCCACCGCAGGAAAGCAUGAACCAGUAGAAGGACAUGAGAGCAGCCCGGCUGUUGUAGCGUCACAGCGGAGUUCAGGAGGUCGCCUGAUGGCUGUGGCUAUUGGACUGGGACUCGGUGGAGCAACAGCCUUGUACGCAUUAAGAGAAGGGGACAAUACAGAUGCCCUACAGAGGACAGUCGCUGUCAGAAAUGUGCUUAUUGACAGCUUGCUGCCUACUGUCAAGUGUGCCUCCCCAUUUAAACCUGACAGCCCGCGGUACAAAUACAACUUCAUCGCAGAUGUGGUUGAGAAAUCAACGCCUGCUGUCGUGUACAUCGAGAUUGUUGGGCGACACCCUUUUUCCGGCCGUGAAGUGCCCAUCUCGAAUGGCUCUGGUUUCAUCAUAAGUAGUGAUGGCCUGAUAGUGACCAAUGCUCAUGUGGUUGCCAAUAAGCGUGGUGUCCGUGUCAAACUGACCAGUGGAGAAUCUUACAAUGCCACAGUUCAAGAUGUAGACCAGGCUGCGGACAUUGCCACUAUCAAAAUCAAUUCUAAGCAUCCCCUCCCAACAUUGCGUCUUGGUCAGUCAUCUGAUGUGCGUCAGGGGGAGUUUGUGGUUGCCAUGGGGAGCCCUUUUUCUCUUAAAAACACAAUCACAUCUGGAAUAGUCAGCUCCGCCCAGAGAGGAAGUAGAGAACUGGGCCUAUCCAACACCAACAUUGACUACAUCCAGACUGAUGCUACCAUAGAUUUUGGAAAUUCAGGAGGUCCCCUUAUUAACCUGGAUGGUGAGGUUAUUGGCAUUAAUACCAUGAAAGUGACUGCAGGGAUUUCCUUCGCAAUUCCCUCAGACAGAGUCCGCCUCUUUCUUGAGCAUGCUGCAGACAAACAGAAGUCCUGGUUCGGAGAAUCGGGAUCAAAACAGCGCUACAUUGGAGUGAUGAUGCUGACUCUUACUCCCAGUAUAAUCGAAGAGUUGAAGAUGCGUGAUCCAUCUUUUCCAGAUGUUACACAUGGAAUUCUGAUCCACCGUGUUAUCAUAGGGUCCCCAGCCAAUAGAGCUGGAAUGAAACCAGGGGAUGUUAUUGUUGAGAUAAACGGGGCAAAGGUGAACACGUCAGAGGAGAUCUAUAAUGCUGUGAGGACAAGCGACAGCUUAAACGUGGUGAUCCGUAGGGGUCAUGAUCUCCUUAUGCUGCACAUGACCCCAGAGUUCACAGAAUGAUAUCAGCAUGAUGAAAAUAUAUUCAUUAAAAUAAGAGAUAGAGAAAUGGCUCAGCUGUGUUUCAAUAGAUAAGAGAGCGAUGAUGUUUACCAGAUGUGAGACAUGAUCAUUGUUGGGAGGUGUUGUAAGAAAGCACCAAUAUAAUGGACCACACUUGGGUUUAGUUUGUUUUGCAUAGAUGGACAUUUGUGCAAUGUGAUUUAAAUGUUAUUUUAGUGUACAGUUUGUGAAGGCUUUAGAAGUGUGUAAAUGAGUUUGGGAAAUCUGAGCCUGUCUGUCUUCAUCUUUACACUAGAUAAAUAUCAGAGUAUCCUCAAAACUGCCCUGUACCAGUAUUGUUAUUGAAGGAAAAAAGAAUGACUACCAUUUAAAUAUGAGUCUGUGUUCAGGAAACAGAUUAGCAUGACACCAUUGAACAUUUGACCUCCAUAAUUAAAGUGGAUACUCUUAUUGCGACAUCUCAGAAGUUUUGUAUUGAAUCUCAUGUAUG